GUUGUGGCGGUUUAUGGGGGUCAACCGACUGAUGGGAGGUUGUGCUCUUUAACUGUUGGGGGAGAUGCGCUCUAGUGCAGUCGUCAGGGCCUGCCAUAAAGCCUGCAGGUGCCUGUUGUCUGGGUUUGGGGGUCGAGUAGAUGGGGCGCAGCCGGAGCGGUUGACGGAAGGCGGUAGCUCCCUUGGAGAGCACCUGAGGUCGCACGCGGGGCUCCCCUGGGGCAGCGAGCGGGCAGAAGCCCCCGAGCCUGGAGAGGGAAGCGAGGAGCUGUUAGAGAUCUGCCACCGAAGGCAUUUCCUCAGUGGAACCAAGGGGCAGCUUAGCCGAGAUUCUCUUCUGAGCGGGUGCCACCCCGGCUUUGGACCCUUGGGCAUAGAGUUGCGGAAGAACCUGGCUGCGGAAUGGUGGUCCUCGGUGGUGGUGUUCAGGGAGCAGGUCUUCCCGGUGCACUCCCUCCACCAUCAAGCAGGCCCUUCGCUGCCCGCGGACAGUGCCUUCAGGUUAGUUUCUGCAGAAAGUCUACGCGAAACCUUGCAAGACAAAGAUCUGAGUAAGGAACAGCUAGUAACGUUUCUUGAGAACUUAUUAAAAACUUCUGGGAAACUACGGGAGAACCUUCUUUACGGUGCCUUGGAGCACUAUGUUAAUUGCCUGGAUUUGGUAAACAAGAGGCUACCUUAUGGCCUUGCUCAGAUUGGAGUAUGUUUUCAUCCUGUUUCUGACGCUAAGCAGAUACCCAAUGGUGUUAAAAGAAUUGGUGAGAGGACUGAAGCAUCACUGGUAUGGUUUGCCUCUGCAAGAACCUCAAGCCAGUGGCUUGAUUUCUGGUUACGUCAUCGACUCCUGUGGUGGAGAAAGUUUGCUGUGAGUCCAUCUAACUUCAGCAGUAGUGAUUGUGAAGAUGAAGAGGGCCGAAAAGGAAACAAACUUUUCUACAAUUUUCCCUGGGGAAAGGAGCCGAUAGAAACCUUGUGGAAUCUAGGAGACCAAGAACUUUUACACGCGUAUCCUGGACAUGUCUCUAAAUUACAUGGCCGAGAUGGACGUAAAAAUGUGGUUCCUUGUGUACUGUCUGUAAAUGGGGAUCUAGACCGAGGCAUGCUGGCUUACCUCUACGAUUCUCUCCAGCUCACAGAGAACUCCUUUAUGAGAAAGAAAAAUCUUCAUAGAAAGGUACUUAAACUUCACCCUUGUUUAGCCCCUAUUAAGGUUGCUUUGGAUGUGGGAAGAGGCCCAACCGUGGAACUAAGACAGGUUUGUCAAGGGCUGUUUAACGAAUUGCUAGAAAAUGGAGUUUCUGUGUGGCCAGGUUAUGUGGAAACUGCACCAUCCUCAUUGGAACAACUUUAUUCAAAGUAUGAUGAAAUGAGUAUCCUCUUCACAGUUUUGAUAACCGAAACUACUUUGGAGAAUGGCUUAAUACAUCUGAGAAGUAGAGAUACCACGAUGAAGGAAAUGAUGCAUAUAUCCAAGUUAAAAGACUUUUUAAUCAAGUAUAUAUCAUCAGCUAAGAAUGUGUAG